AUGGCUCCGCCGCGUGGAAUCUCCCGAUACUUCAAACCGCCGGCCUUCUUGCAACAGAAUGAUGAUCGCGCGUCCGAAACGCCCGCGAAACCAUCAUCCCCGGCCCCUGAGUCGUCUCCACUCACGGAGCUCUCCUCGUCAUUCUUCUUGUCGAACCAUGCCUCCCCGCAGGGUGCGGAUGACUCGGCGUCGCAACUCAAGCGCUCGCUGAUGCGCGCUGCUGAAUAUGCCUCGGAUACCCCGAGCGAGCAUGAGCGUGAGCAACUGGGUCCGUUGGAUCUCGGGGACGAGGUCGUUGCGGUUCCCCCGCCGCCGCAUGGAGGAGGGGCCAGCUUCGACCAUGCCCCCCAGCGUAUCGUCAAGAAUGGGAAGGAGGUUGUGAUUAGCUCUGAUGGCGAGGAGACGGAUUCCGUGGUGUCGCUGGAAGACCCGGAAGCGUUGUUUCUGAAGUUUGCGAAGCCGUCGGCCGUUCCUGCGCGUGAGAAAGAGACUGACGACGAUGUGUUUGCUGCGUCAUCCCGGCGCUCCAAGGUUGAUCUGAAAGGCGGGAGGUUUGGCAAGGGCCGGAAGGCGCCGAAAGUGUACAAGAACACGAUGGACACGCUCGUUACACGGGCGGUCGAUGACAAUGAGACUGAGGCUAGUGUCGCCAAGCUCAAAGCUACCUUUGAACGCGACAGAGCUCCGAGGGACUCUACUAGCGAUCAGCCCAACCAUCUAGACGAGAAUGUCUUGACGUCGGCGCUCGGGGAGCAAGAUGAUGAGAUGGAGAUGCGGCGGUUACUAGACGCGGUUCGGAGAACUGAGGCGUUUGAUCUGGAGAAGAUCUGGACCUUUUUUGACUACGAAAGUGGGGUGGCUCCGGCGCUGGAGUUCCCUCGAGGUUCGGUCAAAACGGGGACAUAUAUGAGUACACUGAGAGAACCCGACUCGCGGGAACGAGCGUUUUACUCGGGCAUACUUGACUUUGCGCUGUCGAGGGGUUUCCUUCCGGAUGAUAUACUUCUAUGGAUAUUCCACUCUGUCCCCUCAGAGCCUCGGGAAGGCUUGAGGCAUGCUUAUUGCCGGUCAUUUAAGCAUUCCAAAAAAGAACGCGUGGAAUCCCUCAUUCGGCCUGAUACCAUUGACGUCCUCUUCGAACGAUUGGGAGCCACCAAGGAAGCGCUGGCAGUUUCUGACCCUGUUGUUCCCCACACGCUUCCCAAAGGCCAUCUCCCAACAACGAAUGCCCAACAUCAGACUGCCUUGCUUUCUGUUCUAGAGCUGCUUUCCGGCAUAGCAGACCUACUCUCAGAUGAUACCCGCGAACACGCCCUUCUCCUUCUCUUCCGCCUAACCCUCGACAUCUCUCUCACCAACGACCCAGCAAUCUGCUCAGCACUCGAAAGAACAAUCCACGACUUAUUCCAAGGCACUCCCGAAGAAGCCGACGAUGACCUAGAACUCCGUCUCUUCACCACCCUCCACACCACCAUAAAAGACACCAUUCUCCAAACCCGCCUCCUAAAACACAUGCUCCCGUCGACCAGCCACAUCGCGAAAUGGCGCUCCCGCCUCUCCCUCUCCUUCAUCAUGAACUCCCCGAGCCCUCUAUCCGAAGAAGACCCGGAAAUCAUGGACACCCUUCAACAAAUCAUCACCUUACUCAAAGAUCCCCGCUUCAACAUCAAACAGCACAAGGGAGCAGCUACUGCAGCGACAAAGAACCGACACAACCACCCUGCAACAGGAGAAUACGACUACAACGACCUCGCGGCCAUAACCUACCAACUAAACGUAAUCCUCGACUCAGGCUGGUCCAGCCUCUCAUUCCCUUCCAAGGAAGCAAAACAAGCAUUCAACGCCUCCGUUGACGUACUAGCAGACCGAAUCAAGAAGAUCUUCACCUCGAUCGAAGACUCUGGGGCGUCGCAUUUAAAGCGCACGUUGACGAAGGGGGCAUUGGAGGCGUUGCAUUAUCGAGUCGUUUAUGCGGUGAGGACGAAGCCGCCGCCGAAGAGGACGCUGUUCGAGAGUGUAGAUACGGGUCAGAGUCAGGGGCAGAAGAAGAUGACUCAAAUCUGGAAGGGGGUGAAGAUUGACGGGGAGGAGGGGAUUCCGAUUAGGGGGUCUCAGGAGGUGCAGUCAUGA